AAGGAAUGGAUUCGCUGAGAAUGGUUUGCUCGUGGUGAAGGACAAAGAAGAAGAUGGUUUUUUCUUAGAGACGAGGAGGCUCGCAUACGUCGCUGGUCCAAUGGUUGCAGUAAACUCUUCUGCCUAUUUUCUUCAAGUGAUAUCGAUAAUGAUGGUUGGUCAUCUCGGUGAGCUUUUCCUCUCAAGCACCGCCAUUGCAGUUUCUUUCUGCAGCGUCACCGGUUUCAGCCUCGUGAUCCUCUGGUUUCUCAGGAAGCAGGGAAGUUUGCAACUUGGCUCAUACCAGUUCUCUUUGCUUACGCCAUACUGCAGCCGUUAGUUCAGUUUUUUCAAGCGCAGAGUCUGAUUCUUCCUUUAGUUGUGAGCUCAGUCUCUGCUAUAUGUUGCCACCUCGUCCUUUGCUGGAGCUUGAUCUUUAAGUUUGGGCUUGGGAGACUCGGUGCCGCUAUUUCGAUCAGCGUUUCUUACUGUUUAAACGCGACUGUGCUUGGAUUGUACAUGGUGUUUUCUUCCAAAUGUAGCAAGAGCCGUGCAACUAUCUCCAUGAUCAGUGUGUUUAAAGGAAUGAGAGAGUUUUCCGGUUUGGAAUCCCAUCUGCAUCUAUGAUUUGCUUCGAGUGGUGGUCAUUCGAAUUUCUUGUCAUUCUUUCUGGGAUUUUACCAAAUCCAAAGCUAGAAACCUCUGUUCUCUCGGUGUGUCUAACAACAAUCUGCUCGUUUUACAAAGUACCCGAGAGUCUAGGCGCAGCAGUGAGUACAAGAGUUGCGAACGAAUUAGGAGCUGGAAACCCGAAACAAGCAAGAAUGGCCGUCUACACAGAGAUGGUUAUGACAUUUGUAGAAUCAAUAAUGGUGAGUGCAACAAUCUUUGCUGCAAGAAACGUGUUUGGUUACCUGUUCACCUCUGAAACCGAAGUUGUGGAUUACGUUCGAUCAAUUGCUCCACUGGUGUCUUUAUCCGUCAUAUUCGAUCCCUUUCAUGCUGUCCUCCCGGGCGCUAGGCCCAACCCGACCGCCCGACUAGCGUCUAGCGCGUUCCCGAACAGGGGUCUUAUCACUACCCUCACCAACUGGCAACAACAGGCUAGAAAGGCGAGAGAGAGAUUGAUGGGUGAUGAGUUUGAAGAACACUAUAAUGAAGAACAUUCAGAGAUGAUAAGCUAAUUUGAAAGACUUCAAUCAUUUCUCCAUUUAGUGUUGUGCUAUUAAUGGUGCAAGAGGGAAUUGAGCAUCAAUAAAUGUUAUCCUAUCCAUCUUCAUUCGUCAUCUGGUCAUACCCAUCUCAAAACAAUACAUUUUGGGGCAAUUUUAUUAAAUAGCACUAAAACAUGUUUA